UAGUUGUUGUUUAUAUGUGGUCUGUGCAGGGUUAGUUAUCUGCUACCAGAGUAAAAGAUGCUGUCAAAAAUAUUGUGAUUUGAAAUCGGCCAUUUUGCAGGUUUUUCGGUGACUGUAACACGUGUUCGGUUGCCAAAAUGGCUGUAGCUAAAAAGCCAGUUGCUAAAAAAGCUCAAUUACACCAGAAAACUGGUAAGAAGGGUGUCAAAGGCGGUAAAAUCCGUGGUAAAGGUCAAAGAAGGAAAAUCAAUUUGAAAUUCACAAUUGACUGCACACAUCCCGCCGAAGACAGCAUUCUCGAUGUUGGAAACUUCGAAAAAUACUUAAAAGAACGUGUAAAAGUUGAAGGCAAAACCAAUAACCUAGGCAAUCACGUUGUCAUCGCUCGCGACAAGACGAAAGUAGCCAUCAGCGCAGACAUUCCCUUCUCCAAGAGGUAUCUAAAGUACCUGACAAAGCGUUACCUCAAGAAGAACAAUCUGCGUGACUGGCUUCGAGUGGUUGCCUCAGCCCAUGAUUCAUAUGAAUUGCGUUACUUCAACAUUAACGCUGACAGUGACAAUGAAGAUAAUGAGGAUUAGACCUUUGAUUAAUAUAUAGUUUUACACUA